UCUCUUCAAAUAGUAAGUAAUGUCUUAUUAGGUGUUAAUAAUAUAAAACAAUUCGUAUCAAAUAUUAUUAUUCACAAUGUUUGGAAAGGAAGCAAUCAAGUUGAUCAACGAAUUGGAACAAACUCAAGAACUAAAACCCUUCAAUGAAGCUAUAUUCAAACAAGUUUUAGAAGAAAUUCAGUCUCUUUAUGAGGAUAACUUGAGAGAUGUAGAAGAUCUUAAUGUAACGCAAGAAGAAAGACCCGGAAACACUUUAGUAGUUAGGCAUUAUGCUAUAAAUCGAAACAAACGAUGUUUGCUGGCAUAUCUAUAUCACAGGGUGAGGCGAUUGCGACAAGUGCGAUGGGAGUUAGGUAGUAUCUUACCUACUGAAAUUAGUGCAAACCUUAUCAAUCCAGAGGUUCAGUGGUUUCAGGCGUAUAAUAAGUCCCUUGCAACUUUUAUGAAGUCUAUUGGAGAAGAAGGACUAAAUAUCGUAAAUAACGUUGUGCCACCCAAGUCAUUGUACAUAGAGGUUCGAUGCUUACAAAAUUAUGGGAAGUUUGAAUUUGAUGAUGGACAAGUUGUAAAUUUGAAACAAAACACUUGUCAUUUACUACCUAGGGCUGGAUGUGAAGCAUUAAUCAGACAAGGAGUUCUGGAGCAUAUUGGUACAUAAUGUAGUGUAGAAUCAGCAUACUACUGUAAAAAUUUGUAUAAACUAUCUUUGUAUAAGUCUCAUACUUAAUUUAAGUUAAAGAGUAUUUUCUUGUCUGAUAAGAACUUGAUCAAGUCAAAUAAAAAGUAAAAGCAUUUUUUAUUGUGUGAGAAAUUAUCGUCUGUAUGAAAGAUAUUAAU